AUGGCAUGGGCCACGAUCUAUGGAGGUGAGGACUUUUUAACGUCGUGAAGUCGUAGCUAUGAGGACUUUUUAACGUCGUGAAAUCGCUAUACGGAUAUGACAACGGUUCUUUCUCAUACCUCAUUUCUUCUCUGUAGGAGCCCAGAAGCACUGCGAGGACACAUCCUUAUCCUUUCCCACCAGCCGUUACAGUGAGAUGGCCGAGAAACGCUUCCGCGUCAAUUCGUGCCCACCAGCUCGAUACGUUAGGCGCAGACUGGAUAACGGGACAAGGAAGGGCGAAUUUCCGGACGCCAAUGGCCUUUUUCGAUUUGGAAGGUGGCAAGGUUUUUGUGUGUUUUCGACGAGGUAG